UGUAUCAUUUUCUGCCUAUGACAGAAAACACAGCCUUAAAUUAGCCUUCGAUCCUACCAGAUGAUACUGCUGCUAUUUCAUAUUUUACCUCAUAGGUCAUGCAGAGCGCCGGUUGUUUAUGCUGUGUUUAUGGCAGGACUGAGCGCACAUCUUUGUCCAAACACAUCUGUAAAGUGUUGAAUAUUUUCCAUCGCUGGCUGGAAACCAAAUGCAUGCCUUUUUUUAAAACCGAAUGAUGUCUUCAUUUGGUUAUAAAACUCCAUAAAAGAAAUGUUGUAAUCUCAAAAAUAUCCAGCUAUUCACUUACAAUGUGUGUGUAUGUGUGUGUGUGUGGGCAUGUCUUUAUGUCUUGGUCGGGACCAUCAAAUGCCAGAUAUUCCUAAACUUGUGGGGAAAACUGCUUUUAUUUGACAAAAACUGAAUAAAAGAAGAAAAAAAACACCUAAAAGAGCCAAUUAUUAUAGGUAUUGAGGUUAAGGUUAGGGUCAGAUUUAGGUGUAGCAUUGAAUUAAUUAGCUACAUUAAUCAUUAUUAAUGAAGUGGAAGGUCCUCGCAAAAUUAGUAAGACAAACUUGUGUGUGCAUGUGUGUGUUUGAGAAAGAUCAUGGCUGUUACUAGGGGCUGUUACAUGUGUCUGUGUCUAGCAUAACACUGACUAAAACUAUAAAUGUACUGCAUUGCGCAAGUCCGUCCCUGAUACACAGAGGAUCCAACUGGUCAUGGGAAAGAGCAGCACAGCCUGUUCCUUGGACAAUUUCCUGUCCUGCAGCCACCUGGCAUCCUCACGCAGAACAUUCUCAAGCCUGCACAAAUAUGCGCACUUGGGCUUAUGCGUUCAUUCUGAUUCCAUGGAAAACAGAGGUGAAUAUGUAAUGUUUUCAAAAGAGACGUGCCUGCUGGACACUGCAUCAGAGAAACUGAGGAAAGAGCUGGAGGAAGAGCUGAAACUCAGCAGCCACAACAUACAAAGUCAUGGCUGGUACCAUGGACGUAUACCUUGGGAGGUUUCAGAGUCUCUGGUGCUACAGGAUGGGGAUUUCCUGAUUCGCGAUUCUUUGACCAGUUUGGGAGAUUACGUCCUAACCUGCCGCUGGAAUCAGAAACCUCUCCACUUCUUGAUCAGCAAAGUUCUGCUGAGAUCCAGUGACACAUACACACGGAUACAGUAUGUUCUGGAAGGAGAGCAGUUUGACUCCAUUCCAGCGUUGGUCCAUUUCUAUGUGGGCGGCCAGACGCCACUUACUCAACACAGCGGCGCACACGUGAUUUCCCCAGUCAACAGAACUGUACCACUGCGCUGUCUGGAGACAAUGUUUGGUCAGACUAGUAAGGAGGGGACACCAUUAAACUCACCUGUGCACAGGAAGGGAAGUUUAGGAAUGACAGAGGCUCUGGCAUUUGAGUUAAUAAACCCUCAGAGGGAGGCAGUCAAGAGCUUCGUUGGAAGCUUGGAACAGCGUGUUGUAGUGACGUCAUCCCCAACCCCACUGAACACACUCUACGGACGUAGAAAAAGUCCAUCACGCAAUAGGAAGUUUGUUGUGGUCCCUUCAUCGCCCGUUUUGCAAAGACCCGAUGACAUGCACCUUUGUACUUCUCCAACUGAGAGUGCUGUCAUCUAUUUGGAGCCUACAGACAACACAUGGUCUCCCAGCACGGAGUCCUGUCAAAGCACUGCUGCAGACCCCAGUGACCUGCAAUCCAGCACAGGCCUUUAUCCACACAGCCUUGCUCGUAUACAGUCACCCUUCAGUGGACAAGAGGACCAGACAGUGCAGGGCUUCAUGGACGAGGACAAUGAGGAUUAUUUAAUGCCACUUGUAAUUGAAUCAGCCUCCAGUUUCAGACCCAGCACGUACCAGUCCCCGCUUCUACCCGCAGAAAAUAAACCACUAGAAGCAAGAGUGUUAAGGAGAGCGAAGGAGGUGCUUAUAGAUGCUGAUACAAAGACGAUGGCCAUGCACAUCACCAAAAUCGACUGCAUGGUUGCUCGUAUAUUGGAUUUAUCCAGUGAGAAUACAAGAGGGAUGGCUGUGAGCUCGGGAAUGGAGCUGCUCACACUUCCACAUGGCCACCAUCUCCGACAAGACCUGCUGGAAAGGUUCUAUACCAUGUCCAUCAUGCUGGCUAUGGUGCUGUUGGGUUGCACGGGCAGUGUGGAGGAAAGAGGCUCCCUACUGCACAGAAUUAUCUCACUGGCAUCUGAGCUGAAGACUAACCUGGGCAAUAUGUUUGGCUUUGCUGCAGUUAUGAGAGUCCUAGAACUUCCACAGAUUGUUCGGUUGGAUGAGACGUGGAUGGCUUUAAGGCAAAAAUACACAGAAAGUGCAGUUCUGUAUGAGAAAACCUUGAGGCCCUCUUUGAAGAGAAUGAAUGAUGGAAAAGAGCCCUGUGACCCAUCGGAGAUGACUGUCCCUCAUGUGCUCCCUCUGCUGCUCCUGCUUGAGAAGAGUGCCGUGAUUCUUGAAGGGUCUGAGUCCUGGGAGAGUCUCGACUCUGGAAUGGACUCUUUGCUGUGUCAUUUAAAUGCUGCUCGUACCAUUGCAUGCCACGGAGAAACCUACUGUUCUAAUGCCAAGGCAAAACUACAGGGUUUCCAUGAGCAGCCAGACGUACUAGAAGUUUUCCUGACUGAGUUCCAGAUGCGUCUGCUGUGGGGGAGCCGGGGAGCGGAGGCGAACAGGGAGGAGCGCUAUGAGAAAUUUGACAAAGUGCUAACAGCCCUGUCCAACAGACUGGAACCUUCUCAGCAGGCAGAAUGAUACACAUUGCACAUGUCUCACUCUGAAAUGUGUAUAUAUCUUUUUUUCUUUCUUUUUUUUUUUUUUUUGAUGAAUGCCAAGGGUGUACAUAGAGUAGAAUGAUGCAACUCUGUAUGGCGGAAUAACAUUUCAAAUUCUUUUAAACUUUUACAUGGAUUUGUAAAUAAUGUAGAUAUAAAUACUAUUCAGAUUUGUAUUUCAAAGUAUGAUUAACAUUAUUUUGGUUUACUUCUAUUAAAUAAAUCUAUCAGUCAUUUCUUUAUAAAUUGGUUUAUAAAUUAUGUUUUAUUUUGUCAUAACCUAUAUAAGCCUUUAUACUGACUGUUUUAUGAUGUCACAACCUUCUUUUUUUUCUCAGAUUAAACCGGUUCAGUUGUG